UCAAACAUUACUUUUUAAUAUUUCUUAAUAUUUAAAAUUAAGAAAAUUUGUAUCUAAGGAGAUAUCCGUAAUUUAUUUAAAUUAACACGAUGCCAACAAUUGGAGUUAAACGUGAUCUGCUCUUCGAUGCACUCGGCAAGAAAUACACCGAUGAUGAGUUCCAAGAACUAUGCUUUGCCUUCGGCCUGGAGCUAGAUGAAGUGACAACAGAGAAGCAAAUGCUCACUAAAGAGCAAGGCGACGUUGCGGCAGCUGCGGAUGCCAGCGAGGAAAUCAUCUACAGGAUUGAUAUACCGGCGAAUCGCUAUGAUUUGCUUUGUAUGGAAGGUUUAGUAACGGGUCUGCGAGUAUUUCAGGGCAAAGUGAAGCCACCCAAGUUCGAGUUUGUGGAGCCAGCGCAGCGCCAAGUGCUGAAAAUUACGCCUUCGACAGCGCAAAUUCGUCCUUUUGCUGUGGCCGCAGUGCUGCGAAAUGUUACCUUUACGCAGGAAUCGUACAAUAGCUUUAUCGACCUGCAAGAUAAGCUGCAUCAAAAUAUUUGCCGCAAACGUACUUUAGUGGCUAUUGGCACUCACGAUCUGGACACCAUAAAAGGACCAUUCAGUUAUGAGGCCUUGGCGCCGGAUCAAAUUAAAUUUGUCCCACUAAACCAAACGCAAGAGCUGAACGGCAUUCAGCUUAUGGACUUCUAUGCCACGCAUGCACAGCUUAAGCAAUAUUUGCCCAUCAUACGCGAUUCGCCUGUCUAUCCAGUUAUUUAUGACUCCAAUCGCGUGGUGCUGUCGCUGCCGCCAAUUAUCAACGGAGAUCACUCAAAAAUUUCACUAAAAACCAAAAAUGUGUUCAUCGAAUGUACUGCCACAGAUUUGACCAAAGCCAAGGUGGUGCUGGACACUAUUGUAUGCCUCUUCUCCGAGCACUGUGCGAAAAAAUUUACUGUCGAGCCAUGUGAUGUGAUACAAACUGAUGGUACCAUCAUUUCCUAUCCGGAGCUGGCGGUGCGUGAAGAGCGUGUAUCGGUGAAACGAGCCAAUGCGUACAUUGGCAUCAACGAACCCGCCAACAAACUGGCGGACAUGCUAACACGCAUGUAUCUGGAGGCCGAGGUUGAUGCCAAGGAUGGCGACUCACUAAACGUAAAGAUUCCACCAACGCGUCAUGAUGUCAUACAUGCCUGCGACAUCUACGAGGACAUUGCCAUCGCAUUUGGCUACAACAACAUCAAGAAAUCAUUGCCAGCCUUUAUGCAAAUCGCCAAACAGUUUCCGCUCAACAAAUUGACCGAGCAGCUGCGCGAGCAAGUGGCACAGGCCGGCUUCACCGAGGCGCUCACAUUUACGCUUUGCUCACGCGAUGACAUAGCGCUGAAGCUGAACAAAGACAUCGAAGCUUUGCCUGCUGUCCAUAUAGGCAAUCCCAAGACCUUAGAAUUUCAAGUGGUGCGCACCACCCUGCUGCCGGGUCUGUUGAAAACUGUGGUGGCAAAUCGUAAGAUGCCGCUGCCAUUGAAACUGUUUGAGAUUAGCGACGUAGUGCUAACUGCCGAACAUACAGAGGUUGGAGCACGCAACGAGCGACGUCUGUGUGCGGUUAACUGCAACAAGAGUGCUGGAUUUGAGGUGGUUCAUGGUCUGCUGGAUCGUGUCAUGCAGCUGCUCUCUGUGCCCUGGAAGACGGGCGGCGCCGAUAGCGGCUACUAUCUCCAGGCAACUGAAGAUCCCAGCUACUUUCCCGGGCGAUGCGCGAAUGUCAUGUACAACGAGACCGUCAUCGGGAAAAUCGGAGUGUUGCAUCCGAGCGUGCUUCAGGCUUUUGAUUUAACUACACCCUGUUCAGCCGUUGAGUUCACAAUUGAGCCCUUCGUAUAGGCAGCUCAGCUCAUUAGUAACAAUAUCUACACAUAAUUGUUAAAAACUUUCUAAGUCUUAAUAAAUGGUCACAAAACCCGGAAC